AUGCGAUCCGUGAUCCCUGUUGCACUCCUCGCUGCGAAUAGCCUACCAUUCAUUGCUAAAGCCCUCGCAUCACCACAACCUAUCAUAAUCGACACCGACUUGUUUGGCGAUGUCGAUGAUGUUGGCGCAUUAGCGAUCGCCAAUGUUCUACAGAACUGUGGCCUGGCCGACCUCAAGGGGGUCAUAAUCAACACACCGUCGGAACAUGGUGCCCCUGCCGCAAGUUCGAUUUGUUCAUACUUUGGGAAUCCAGAGGUGCCUGUGGCAGCUCUCCGUCCGUUGUCCAAUGUGACGUUCUUCGAUGACUGGGACUACGUGAGAGGCGAAUAUGCCAGCAAAGUUGCCUACAACUGGCCUGGGACUCUUACUAACGCUUCGUUAAGCCCAACGCCUGUUGAUCUCUAUCGAUCGAUUCUUGCUUCUGCGGACAACAACAGCAUGCAUAUUAUCUCCAUUGGCUUUCUCACCAAUCUUGCCGACCUGCUACGGUCUGAAGGCGAUGACAUUAGUCCUUUGACGGGACAAGAGCUCGUGGCUGCUAAAGUGAGCGAAAUGAUCAUCAUGGGAGGUCGUUAUCCAUUCGGCUGGGAGUAUAACUUUGGUGGGACCGAUCCUGACAGUACGGCGUAUGUCAUUGCGAACCUCCCAGAAUCUGUACCCAUUACCUUCUCUGGCGGCGAACUGGGCAACAACAUAUUUUCGGGCGACAGACCAUUGGCAGAAGCACUCACAUCGAAUGAAUCCCCAAUCAUUUCCGCUUAUCAGUGGUAUGUGACUCGUGGAUCUGUCCGUCGUGAGACCUGGGACCCGAUUGCAGUAUUGUAUGGGGUUUUGGGGCUUGACGGAUUUGCUGAGAUCGGCAUGUGGCCUCUCUUGAGUUAUGCCAAUGAGGACGGGUACAACACCAUCACUGCAAGCAAUGCUUCAAAUGCGUGGGUCAACGAUACAAGUGUGACUAAUCAGCAUUGGUUGACGCUGGCUGAUGGCGUGACCAACACGACUAUGGCUUGGUCCAAGUUUCAAACCAGAGGAGCGAUUGAGUAG